GACAAACAGCUGUUAAAACAUCUGUUUAAAAAUUCUCUUUCGUAUCUUCAGAAAUUGUGAAAUUAAACAAAAAUAAAAAAUAAAUAUUUAGCAUGUUGCGUCAAUCGAAAUCAUUCUCUGUCGUUAAGGCUCAACAGCUACAAAAUUUUUAUAAAACAGCUCUGUAUUCAACCUCGGCAACACCACCACCAACUUCUUCGCAACAGUCAAAGCAAAAUAUACGCCCUUCACCUCUAACUGAUGAGAUUAUACGAGUCGAUCAUGCUGGCGAAUUGGGGGCCGAUCGCAUUUAUGCCGGUCAAAUGGCAAUUUUGGGCAACUCACCUAUGGGCAAAACUAUUGGUCAUAUGUGGGAACAGGAAAAGGAACAUCGUCGCCAAUUUGAGGGCUUAAUACGCAAACAUCGUGUCAGACCUACGGUUAUGACCCCACUUUGGAAUGUGGCUGGUUUUGCUUUGGGUGCAGGUACAGCUUUAAUGGGAGAAAAAGCUGCAAUGGCCUGUACCGUUGCUGUGGAGACUGUGAUCGUGGAGCAUUAUAACGAGCAAUUGCGUCAAAUUAUGGACUCUCCCAAUCCGGAUAAGGAACUACUCAAAACCAUCACCAAAUUCCGAGACGAAGAACAAGAACAUCACGAUACUGGCAUUGAUUGUGGCGCUGAGCAGGCCCCCUUCUACAAAGCCAUGACCGAAGUUAUCAAACUGGGCUGUAAAACAGCCAUUGCGAUAUCGAAAAAGAUUUAAAUUUUCCUAUAUUUAACAUAAAUCAUUCAAUCUUAAGCUUUUAUAUAAAAAACUUCUUUUGCUGUACAUAA